UCUAAAUAUAUGUGCAUCUCUACCUCUCCCUCUCUCCUCCUCUCUGCACAACACAGCAAAACACUGCCCUGCCUAACCAGACAGGAGAUUUCUUCAACAAAUAUUUUGUGGAUUUUGCUUUUUUUGUCCAGAAAUCUGAAAUGUAACUCAAACUCGAAUCAUUGGACCUUUUCUCGUUUUGCAUUUAGACAAUCUUAGAUUUUUUUGUGAUGAUUUGUUGAUUUUUGUCAAUUUUUUUGCAUAAUCUGAGAGUGUAGAGAUUGGUAUGUUGUGUGUGUGACUGAGUGUUGAUGGGGGUUUCAGUUAGAGCUGUGUCUGUGUCGCCCAGCAGCAUCAUAAUGUGUGUGAGCUGAGAGGGGACGGAACCCUAAUCCCCGUUAACAGAUUAAUUAUCGCUGGGCACAAUCGUGUCGCUGCCUUGUUGUGAAGUCGCCUGGCUGAGCGAUCUGCUGCCUGCAUGGGGUUCCGACACAACGAUAAGGGUCCCUCUGGGGUGUCUUCUCAAUCCUAAUCCCCUCUCUCUCUCACUCUCACUCACUCACUCACUCACUCACUCACUCACUCACUCACUCACUCACUCACUCACUGAGGGCUCCUCUCUUAUCCAUCAACACAAGCACCUCUCCACUGUGACCAGACAACCAAACAAUCACAGGCUGUUUAAUAUUUCAAAACCAAAAACAGACCUUGUCAUUUUUUCCCUUUUAUCAUAUUUUUGGGGUUCAUGUCCCGAAGCCUAUAUUUUCCAGAAUGAGUUUUUUUCAAGAGGAUCCAGCGCUGAUGGUUGCCAACGGUAUACCUCAGUGAGUGUGUAGAUUUGACGGAACCCCAGAGAAGAGUAGGAGAUAACAGAACACUCUCCCAACGCUACAGUCAAAGGGUGGAGGAGGGGGGGUUAGGCGAUAGAGUAUGGCUGCCAUGGCGACCGUGCCCAGCUACACUCCUUCGCUAUGGGUGAGGAUGUGCCACGCCCUCCCCCGGCUGGACCUCACCAUGACGAUGAGAGACAACCUCUUCAUCCCCGACAGCUGGGAGUACCAACAGACUCUACUGGUCCUCUCUAGUCUCUCAGCCAUUGCUCUCAUUCUCUCCCUCCUUGUCAUUAUCUCCUUCCUUAUACACUACUGCUGCUGUCGCCGUGGUGACCGGAGCGAGGGAUCUGAGGAAGAGGAGGAUGAUGAAGAGGGCAGCACGGGCCACGGAUACGGAGGCAGGAAGGGGCGGGGUAUCUGCUGCGUCACCUGGGUGUCGGUGGCGGCUGUCACACUGUGCUGUGUCGCCAUAGGCGUUGGUUUCUACGGCAACAGUGAGGCUAAUGAUGGGAUAUAUCAGUUGACUUCGUCUCUUCUCACAGCCAAUUACACACUAGCUUCCAUCGAUCUGCUGGUUUCAGACACCAUCUCUGGGCUGCAGCUGUCUAUCGCUGGGCCCCUGACCACCAUGGAGGAGCUGUUUACAGGCAGUAAGCCCUACUUGGUGUCCACCCGGAACUGUAGGAGACUGUCAGAGAACGUGGUGUCCCUGCUCACCUCUCUGACCAUGGCCCGAUCCUCUGACGGGGGUGCCUGGAACAGCAGUAACAGCAGCAGUGAUCCCCCCAUAGCGGCCCUCACCCCUGUGCCACCCUCCAUGGCCCCCACAGUGGCACCAGCCGGAGGGGCCAUGCCCAGCCCCUUCUCCCCUGGCUGGGCAGCCAACACACUGAUGGUCAACGAAGACUACAGGUGGCUGUCCUACGUGCUGCUGUUGCUGCUAGACCUCCUAGUGUGUCUGUUCAUCCUUCUGGGCCUAGCCAAACAGGCCCGCUGGCUCCUCAUCCUGAUGACGGUGCUGGCCUGGCUGGCUUUGUUCAUGAGCUGGGGCUCCCUGGGCCUGGAGACUGCCACUGUGGUGGCUGUCAGUGACUUCUGUACAGAUCCCAACAAGUUUGUGCUCAACUCCACCCACUUCAACUCUGGGACCAGCUCAGACGUGUUGGAUUAUUACCUGACCUGCAGCAGACGUAUGAACAGCCCAUUCCAGCAGCUGCUGACCCAGUCACAGAGGGCCCUUUCCAGCAUCCACUUACACCUCUCCAGCCUGGACCGGAACGCUCUCCCACAGGUCCCCAAGGCAGAGAAGUCACUCAGGGAGGUUCAGCGGAUUCUCAAUGCCACAGAGGGCAACUUUCACCAGCUAGUGGCGCUACUCAACUGUCGAGGUCUCAACAAGGAUUAUAUUGACUCUUUGAAAGGCCUGUGCUAUGACGGGAUGGAGGGAUUGCUCUACCUCUCCCUCUACUCUUUCCUUUCGGCUCUGGCCUUCACUGCCAUCCUCUGUUCCCUGCCCGGCGCCUGGAGAAGCUUCCCCAGUGAUUCCGAGGAGUAUGAAGAUUCGGACAGCGAGAGCGAGGACCCCUUCACUUCCCAUCAGGCACGUAGACAGCCGGCCGCGGGGUCUCAGCGAGGGGCCUUGCCCCCCUUCUAUAAUUACCAGGGGGCCGGGUGGACUCCCCCCUUUUCUAGCGCGCCACCCCUCCCGACUCCAAACGUUUCCUCCAAUGGCAACCCUGGCUAUGAGAGCCUACCCCUGACUGACAGGCAGUCCCCACCCCCCUCUUACUCUCCCAGCAUGCUGACUGGUUACGGGGGUAGUCAAACACACCCCAACUCUGCCCAUUCAAGGAACCUGUAUUCACGUUAACUUUUUUUAAUGUUUAAAAAAGUAUAGAAUUUUUUUUGUUUUCUUAUGAAUGGACACUUUACUGAGAUGAAGAAAAAAUAACUAAUCCCCAAAAACUGAGCUUUAUAUGUAAAUUAAAGGUGCGUAACGUCAGUACCGUGGAGUAUUAUGAUUAAAAUCACAAACAAACAAGGUUGAAUGGACUUCUGUAGAACCUCAGAGUAAGCUAAUGUCAGAUAGAUACAGUAGGUAGCAUGAUUAUGAAGAGGUCUGAACCAGGUUCACUCGGUCAAAGUCACCCCUUACAAUCCCCUGUCUGUCCAGUGUCAACAGUUGCGCGGUGAGCCAGAAUGGUAUUGACGUUACUACAUUGUAGUUCUAUAUUUUUAAAUGUAUCACCACUUUAUUUUCACGUUUUUAUAUCUAUAUAUUGUUGUAGAGAAACACUGACACGUAGAAACAAGACACAUUUUGGGGUGAAUGAAUAUGCAGUCCCCUCACUUGGUAUUCAACGUGCUAUUUUUUAAAAUUUACUUUUUAUAGGUGAAAAUUAUGUAUCUCCCUUGUAUUACCUUCUGAUACUAUACUGUACAUUUCACUGUUGAUUUUAUCUAAAUCAGGGAUGGGUAACUCAAGUCCUUGGGGGCUGGAGUGGUGAUUAAACUAAUUGCAUUCUAAACUGAAGAUCAUGAUUAGUCGAUUAUUGGAGUCAGGUGUGUUAGCUGGGGCUGGGGCAAAAGUGUGACACCAAUCAAGUCCCUAAGGACUGGAGUUGCCCAUCCCUAAUCUAAAUAAUCAUGAAACUUUGCUCUUAAAAAUAACAUUCAAGACAGGGCUAUAGUACCGCCUCUCUGUAGGUUGAAUGGAGAACUACAACUCCCAGCCACGAGACCGUUAGAGAACUACAAAUCCCAUGCAAUGACUGCAGGUACAUAGCAAUAAAACUCCUGCCACUGGUGCUGCAGUAGCCCUACUGUAAAUAGCAAUAACUAUCUAUAUAGCAGUGGGUUUCUGAGGUCUCUAUAGGAUGUUAUGUAUAUAAAUAUGGUAUGUCAGAGAUUUAAUUGAACCCCGUCCUUGCCUACUGACCUUGUUAACCCUUGAAUUGCGUUUGUAAGGUAUAAUCAAUGCUCCUUUUGAAUGGCAUCCUUUUUCACUCCAGAGUCUAAUAUAAAUAAAAUAAUAACAAUGAA